AUGGUGCGCUUGAUUCUGGCCCUUGUGCUUUGCACUUCCGUGCUGGCACAGAAAAGGCCUCCAAGAAGAGAAGCACAAAAGGAGUUCGCUGAGUGCCUCCUGACAGGCUCCACGAACGAGGAGUGCCGCUCCCUCCUCGAGGGCAACCGGACGCGCGACGAGGUCCGUGAACGUCUCGAGAAGGAGAAAGGAGUGCCUUUGGUGCUGGGAGAGCUGCUCAAGAAUUGCACGAUGGAAAUGAAUACCACCGGAUCCAACAAGACCUUCCAGGAUUGCCGGAAGGAGGUGAUGGACGCCUUGAAGCUCCUCCGCGGCAAGGACGUGACGCCCGAGGAGUUCGAGGCGGAGCUGCGGAAGGUCGCCGCCGAGCGCGUCCGCGAGCUGAUCGAGGCGUGUCUCGAGAGCGCCUCCACGGACGCCGCCAAGGAGGCUUGCUUCAACAGUGAUGAAGCCAAGAGGGAAGCUGCCUUGCUCACUGGAAAAGAUCCCUCAGAGUUCAAGGUGGAUGACUUGCGCGAAGCCGUGCGAGAAGGUGCCGCGCGGGACAUUGCCGAUGCGGUCGAGGAGUGUCGCGCGAAGGCCGCCAAUGAGGACGCCAAGAAGGAGUGCAUGAAAUCAGACGACUUCAAGAAGCAAAUUGGCAACAGCCGAGGCAAAGGCAGCGGCGAUGUGAAGGACUCUGAGGUUCGUGUGCGGGGCGUUCCUUUUUUCCGGACGUGGCCGGACUGUGGGAGCGCGUGGCCCUCUGGAAAAGGUGCUUACAAUGGAGUUUCAGCAGACGAACAACCCACCUUGCGAAGCCGCUGGUGA